AUGGCGUUUGUCCUUUUAAAAAUACAUCCUUUUUAUAAAAAAACUUAAGAAAAUUUCUUCAUUUACAAUAUCAAAAUUUAUAAUAAAUUUAAUUGAAUUUCAUAAAAAAUAAAUUGUUUAUGUGUAAAUGAAAAUGGUAAAAAAUUUAACAAAAUAUAUAAACAAAAAAAAUUGUGAGUGGCUGUGCAUUCAUCUGCUGGAAAUUUUUUUUUAUAUAUAGAAAACACAUAAUUGGUUUUUCAAGAAAAGAUGAUGGUGAACUUGUGUGAAAAAAUUGCCAAAAAAAAUUUUCAAGCAAUAAAAUUUUCUCUGUAUUGUAAUCAAAAAAUCAAAAAUGAAUGAAAAUUAAAGGAAUUAAAUGAAUUAAAAUAGAAAAAAAAAACAUAAUUAAGUGAAAACACCAUUUUUUUAGUAAAAACAAAAUAAUUUUUUUUAUUAUUAAGUAAAUUAUUGCAAUGAAUAUUUAUUUUUAACGAAACAAAAUAAUUUUUUUAAUAACUCAUAAUUAUGUAUAAUUUUUUUGUAUCUUAAAAAAAAAAAGAUAAUAUGUAUAUAUAUAAUAUGCAUAUAUAUAUAAAUUAAACGCCGGGCUAAUGAUUUUUACAUUGUAUGUGAUGCAUGUUAAGAAGGUGUCAUUUUAUUGACUUUGGGUAUAUCAUACAUAAUUUUUAAAGUGGAGUUCUUUUUCUAAAAAGCAAAAGCAAAAUUUUUAAUUUGAAGUUUAAAGAUACCAUUGGGAUAUUUGUUACCAUUUUGUUGUCUGUAACACAAAAAAAAAAAGUAAUUAAUGUAUAUAUAUAAAUAUAAGUAUAGAUUUUAAUAAAAAAUCAAAAAAAAAAGCUAAAAAGAAACAAAAGAAAAAAGGUUACAUUGCAAAGCAAAAAGAAAAUCAAAAAAAAAAAAUGUUCAUACAAUAUACAAAAAAAACACAACGCAGAUAUUUUAAUAAGAAUAAGAAAUCAUGAAGCAAUCAAAAUAUUUAAAACAAAUAUACAGAUUUAAAGACAAAAUUCUAAAAUAUAGACAAAAUAUAAUAUGGUUAAGACUAUAUAUUUAAUUAUAUAAUAAAAAAAAUAAAGCAAAAAUAUGAUUACAAAAUUAAAAUCAAAACAUUUUUUUAAUACUCAAAUUAAUAAUAAAUAAAAUAUAAUUAAAAAAUGGGAUGUAACAUUAAAAUAGUUAUAGUCGUCUUCGUUAACAAUUAUAUAACUCCAAAUUAAAAAAUAAUAAAACAAGAAAAAAAUACAAAACAUUAUAUAUAUAAUAUAUAAUAAUAUAGUAAUUUAACAAAGCAAAAAAAAAAAAAUAAAUAAAUAAAAAUAAAAAAAAAAUUAAUAUUUAAUUUCUUCACAACUUUUUUUUCUACUUAAAUUAUGGAUACUUAUAUUAGGAUAUUUUUAAAUAUAUGGAUAUUUAUUAAAAUUGUUAAUCAUGUUAUAGCAGAUCAAGUCGUUCUGCUAGACACAACAAAAGAAGCAACAUUAGAAUGGACGAGAUAUCCUUAUGGACCACAAGCACAAACACCAGGUUGGGUUGAAGAAUCUUUUACAAAUUUUGGCAAAGGUAUUAAUUGGCGUAGUUAUGUUGUAUGUGAUGUUGCUUAUCAUAAUGUUAAUAAUUGGUUAUGGUCACCAUUUAUCGAUCGUGGUCCAGCAAAUCGUCUCUAUAUUGAAAUGCAAUUUACAAUUAGGGAUUGUUCAUUAUUCCCCGGCAAUGCAUUAUCAUGUAAAGAAACAUUCAGUUUAUUAUUUUAUGAAUUUGAUGCAGUUACAAGAGAACCACCACCAUGGCAGCCAGAAAGUUAUAAAUUAAUUGGUCGUAUAGCGGCUGGUGAAGGUCGUUUUAAUCAAAAUUCUGAUGUUGAUAUUAAUACUGAAGUUAAAAGUAUAGCUGUUACCAAAAAAGGUGUAUAUUUUGCAUUUCGAGAUCAAGGUGCGUGUAUUAGUGUUUUAGCUGUCAAAGUUUAUUAUAUAACAUGUCCAGCAGUAACAGAAAAUUUUGCACAUUUUAAUGAAACACCAACUGGUCGUGAAAUAACCAUUAUUGAAAAACAAAAUGGUACGUGUGUUGAUAAUGCUGAACCAUACGAAACUCCAACUUAUUUAUGUAAAGGCGAUGGAAAAUGGACAAUAUUAACUGGUGGAUGUAGAUGUAAAGUUGGUUACGAACCGGAUAAUGAAAAACAAACAUGUAACGUCUGCCAAGCUGGAACAUUUCGUUCAUUUGAAGUACCCAAAUGUACAGCUUGCCCGCUCAACUCAAAAUCAUCUAAAAUUGGUUCAGCAUAUUGCCCAUGUCAAAAUAAUUAUUACAGACAUCCGAGAGAUGGAAAACACACACCAUGUUGGAAACCUCCUGGUCCUCCAACAAAUUUAACUCUUUUGUUUGUUGAUCAAACGAGUGCAAUAUUAUCAUGGAACGCACCAAUUCGAAAUUUAGAUGAACAAUUGCAGCAGGCAACGAAAUAUCGCAGUGACGUUGUUUUCAAAGUUAAAUGCUCUAUGUGUAGUUCAAACGUUGUACUUAAUCCAUCAACUGAUACAUUCAAUGAUACAAAAUUAACAUUAACAAAUUUAGAACCAGUGACAACUUAUACAAUACAAAUUCAUUCAUUAAAUGGAGUAUCAUAUAUUAUUAAAAACGGCGAAGAUGUUAACGAAACGUCUAUUAAUGAAUCAAUUUUAAGCGGUAGUAAUAUUGAUAUUAAUAAAAUACAUAGUAUUAACAAUAAUUAUAGUGGCACUUUCAACAAUGAGGAUAGUCAAAUAAAAACUGAAUAUGCUGAAAUAACAUUUACCACCGAAUCGGCCAUAUUAAGCACAGUGUUCAACGUAAAAAUUGUUGGACUGACGAGUAGCGAAGUUGAUCUAGUUUGGGAUAAGCCGUUACAUAGUGAUUCACCAAUUGAGUUUUAUGAAGUGAGAUGGUUUCCAAAACCAGAGUUAGAUGCGAUUAAUAAAACUGCGUUAAAUACGAAAGAAACAAAAGCUCAUGUUGAAAAUUUAUUGGAAAAUACGGAAUAUGGUUUUCAAGUACGCUGUAAAACAGUUAAUGGUUAUGGUGCUUACAGUAAUAUUGUGUACGCGCAGACACAUCCAAGUAUUAGUCCAGUUUAUGAUGAUUCAAUUCAAAUGAGAAUUGUUGCUGGUGCAACAGUUGCAAUAGUAUUUAUACUUGUAUUAGUUAUAAUUGCAACAGUAUUAUUUUUAAGAUCAAAAAGUCAAGAUGAACUUGAUAAAAAAACAAAUAAUCACAUUCCAUUACCUUUAGAUUAUGUUAGUAAUGAAGUACAUGCCAUGGAUACUACUCCCAUUGUCAAAACAAUUCAAUCUAACAUGACAACACCAUUAUUUGGCACAAGUAGAAGUUAUAUUGAUCCACAUACAUAUGAAGAUCCAAAUCAAGCAAUAAGAGAAUUCGCCAGGGAAAUAGAUGCUAGUUAUAUUACAAUAGAAGCAAUUAUUGGAGGUGGAGAGUUUGGUGAUGUUUGUCGAGGUCGUUUAAAAAUUCCACCAAAUUUUGUUCAAGAUAUUGACGUAGCCAUCAAGACAUUGAAACCAGGUUCAUCAGAAAAAGCACGAUGUGAUUUCUUAACAGAAGCUUCAAUAAUGGGACAAUUUGAUCAUCCAAACGUAAUAUACUUACAAGGUGUAGUAACACGUUCAAAUCCAGUCAUGAUUAUAACUGAAUAUAUGGAAAAUGGUAGUUUAGACACAUUUUUACGUGCAAACGAUGGCAAAUUUCAAACUUUGCAACUGAUUGGAAUGCUUAGGGGGGUCGCAAGUGGCAUGUCAUAUUUAAGCGAUAUAAAUUAUGUACAUCGUGAUUUAGCUGCUCGAAAUGUAUUAGUAAAUACUCAACUUGUAUGUAAAAUCGCUGAUUUUGGACUAUCAAGAGAAAUUGAAAAUGCCAGUGAUGCUUAUACAACAAGAGGUGGAAAAAUACCAGUACGUUGGACUGCACCUGAAGCCAUAGCGUUUAGAAAAUUCACGUCAGCUUCCGAUGUCUGGUCUUAUGGUGUUGUUUUGUGGGAAGUAAUGUCCUACGGAGAGCGACCAUAUUGGAAUUGGUCAAAUCAGGAUGUUAUAAAGAGUAUUGAAAAAGGCUAUCGUUUACCAGCUCCCAUGGAUUGCCCAGAGGCACUUUAUCAAUUAAUGUUAGAUUGUUGGCAAAAACAACGUACACAUCGUCCAACAUUUGCUAGUAUAGUAUCUACAUUGGAUAAUUUAGCGAGACAGCCUCAAGUAUUAUUGACAACAAGAAAUUCACCUGAUAACGAUGGUGCACAUAUAAUUGAUUCCCAGCGAAGUCAUAACAUUUUUAUGAGUACUGAUUCAUGGCUUGAAAGCAUAAAAAUGUCAAGAUAUUCACAACAUUUCAAAGAAGCCAAUCUAGUUACAGCACAACAAAUUUCAAGAUUAACUGCUCAACAAUUAUCUGAUAUGGGAAUAACAUUAGUAGGUCAUCAGAAGAAAAUUUUACAUCAAGCAAGACAACUUGAUACUAUAAUUUAGCAGUUUUAUUAAAAAAUUUAUUGUACAAUAUUAUAAAUAAUGUAACUGUCGUUUUGGUAGUUUUACUUACAUUUCAUGAUACUUAAAAGAUAUAAAUAUACAUAUAUUUAUGCAUAUGUAUGUGUAUAUAUUAAAAGAUAUAAAAAAAGAGAAAAAAAAAAGACAUUUGAUGCUAAAAAUCAGACAUAUAUUUGCCACUUAAAACAUGACACAUUGUAGAGAUUAAAAAAGAUAAGUAGAAUUCUAAAGCUAGACGAUAAUUUUAGUUUAGUUUAGUUUUAUUUAUUAGUUAUAUAUAUAACUUUAACAAAAGCAAUAUAAAUAUAUUACAAAAUAAAAUAAUUUUUAAGUAAAA